ACACAAGAAGACAAACACCUCAUUACACUGAAUCCAACCUCUUCACCGUCUUUUACCCUCUUUUUUCUUCAAUCUACAAUCAAAAAAGCUCAUCUCCGAGCUCCGCUAUCUCUCUCCGCCGUUCACGGCGUUCGCCGACGUACACAAAAUGGGAGGAAAAAACAGAAAAAGUUCCAAUAAAGCCAAAAACCGAAAGCCCAGGAACCCAUCUUAUUCGGGUCGGGGCUUGUUCGUUGAAGGCGGAGUCUUAUCUGAUUGGGCUGUUUUCAAUUCUCCUCCUUCAAGAGGGAGGAAUAUGAAGAGUGGAAAUGGAAGUAAUUCAAGGGAUCGUAAUAAUACAGCUGUUAGUAGCUCGAAGAAUGCUUCGGGUUCUAAGAGCGAAUCAAAGAAAAGUAGAGGAAAUGAGAUUCGUUAUGUAUACCCUUCUGCAGAUUCAGUGAUAGGUUCAGAUGCGGUGCGUAGUGAGGGAGUGAAAGAUGACAAGUUGGAUCGAGAACAGCCUAUUCUUUUGGUUGAUACGAAGGAAACUCAGAUUGUUGCUUUCAUAGAUGAAGGCCCAAAUAAGGAACCUCAAAAUGAGGGAUGUAUUUAUGAUUGCACAACCCCUUUGUCUCUAGAUGUUGGACAAAAUAAAGAUUCUCGUGAAGUAGACUAUGCUGGAGACUAUAGUGCUGGUUUCUCAAUGGAUGAGAACUCACACAGAGGAUUGGGAUUCUAUGAUGAUGCAGAAACAACACAGGAAGGAGUUGGAUUGUCGUCCAAAGAUGAGAAGGAAAAUCCUUCUUUCGAGUCAUCAUCCUCUGAGGAGGAUAUGGAUGCUGAUGGUGGCUUCCCUGGUGGUGCUGAUGUCGAGAUGGACGACGACCUGCCAGCUGAGACAUCAUCUCCUGUGGAAAAUGAGGGAUUUUUGUCUAUUGGGGGGCUUAGGCUAUAUACUCAUGAUUUAUCUGAUGAGGAAAGCAAUGGUGAUGACGAAGACAUUUCAUCUGAGGAUGGAAGUUCUUGCUCUUCAGAAUCAGAAGAAUCUGACCAAUCAUCUUUAAGUGAUGGCUCAUCCAAUAGUGAUUCAGAUGUUGAUGAAGAAGUCGCCGCAGAUUAUUACGAAAGCACUGGUGGCAUGAGCAAUGUUAUUGAUGUUAAACAGUUGGUUGGACAAGUUCCUAGUAGCGGUUCUGAUGAUAGCUUUGAUGAAACCGUAGAGAAAUUGGGUGGGAUUGAUCUUCAGGAAGCUUCUAGGGAGUAUGGAAUGAAGAAGAAGCCUCAAACAGAGAGGAAGUACCGAGGAGGUCAGAAAUCUACUCCUGCCAAGCAUGUCCGGGGAUCUGAUUUGGAUGGCCUUAUGUUUGUAAAGGAUCCGAGAACAGUUUCAGGGAAAAAGAAACAUGCUGCCAAAUUUCCUCAGUCUUGGCCGUUUGAGUCUCAGAAGAGUAAACAUUUCGGGAGGAUUCCAGGUGUUAAGAAGAAACAUCGCAAGGAGAUGAUGGCUUUGAAGCGUCGAGAGAGAAUGCUCCGCCGAGGUGUUGAUCUUCAGAAGAUAAAUUCAAAACUGCAGCAGAUGGUUUUGGAUGGAGCUGAUAUGUUUUCUUUCCAACCUAUGCAUUCACGUGAUUGUUCUCAGGUUCAGAGAUUAGCAGCAAUAUACCGACUGCGAAGCGUUUCUCAAGGUUCUGGCAAGAAGAGGUUUGUGACAGUUACCAAGACACAUCAUACAUCUAUGCCUUCUGCCAGUGAUAAACUUCGUUUGGAGAAGUUGAUAGGAGCUGGUGACGAGGAUUCUGAUUUCACAGUCACCGGUAUACAAAAUCAGAGAAAGGAUGGAUAUGCAGCCAAGAAGUCUGCGAUGGGUAGUGGUGGACAAUCUGGCCCAAGCAAAUUGUUUAAAACCUCGGUAAAUCCACGUGCACGUACAGACAGCAGUAAGAAAAGAAGGGAUCAGAAAACAGGCUCCUAUGCCUCUCUUCCUGUCUCCUUUAUUUCAAGUGGGAUGAUGUGUUCCGAGACAGUUGAGGAGAAACCUAUUGAAACAACCGAGACAACCAACAGCUUCCAUGAAACAAAGGUUGUGACCAACUCAAUCGAAUACGGUGCAUUUGAGAUGCACACCACAGGUUUUGGCUCGAAAAUGAUGGCAAAAAUGGGUUAUCAAGAAGGUAGAGGUUUAGGAAAAGAUGGACAGGGUAUAUCAGAGCCUAUUGAAGCACGCCAGCGGCCAAAAGCUCUUGGAUUGGGAGCUGAAAUCCCAGAAACAAGUAGUGGAUCAGCGAAGAAGGAAUUUCUACCCAAAUCAGCUGUUCGGAGUGCUGAAGUCGUCGGUAGAAGUGGGAAAUCCUCAAGGAAGGAAUCAUCUAUUGGAUUUGCAGGAUUUGAGAUGCAUACAAAGGGAUUUGGAUCAAAGAUGAUGGCAAAGAUGGGGUUUGUUGAAGGCGCGGGACUUGGGAAAAAUUCACAAGGCAUAGUCAAUCCAUUAGUUGCCGUUAGACGCCCUAAAUCACAAGGAUUAGGUGCCAAAGUUAGAUAAACAUUAAUCAUCUUUCAACUACUAAAAUGUUUAUUCCCAUCAUGAUGUAGAUUAUGUUAGUGCUUUGUUCUACUUUAUUGGACAUAUUAGUUGAACUUUGUAAGUUGUCCUGAAACCUACAAGUACCUAACUACGUUUCUGGAGAAUAAAUUAUAAUUAGGUUUCAAGUUUUCAUGUUC